AUGGUCAUUACUGUAACUACAUUAUGCACCAUUAUCGAGGUGUUGUGGGCUCGUAAACUGAUUGGAGAAAAUGAUUUGCAAACGCAAAUAUUUCACUUUGACAUCAUUAAAGAUCGGGUGUAUAUAUCAUCAGUGAACCAUUUGUCGAUCCUGGAUUUGAAUGAUCUCAAAGUGUUGAAAGACAAAAGAGUAGGCCCUCAAUCUGAUAGCCCAUUGUGUAAUUACGAUACCAGCUCAUGUCUCCCUGGUGCAAUUCCAUCUCUUACCGAUUAUGUUACUAAGAUCAUGCAUAUUUUACCCAAUGGAGGCUUGAUUGUUUGUGCUGCUAUGAAACAAGGCAUAUGUCAAAUCAGGUCAACAGAUGAUUUAAGCGUACUCAGCAAUUCUUCCAUAACAGUUGCGCCUAAUGAUAUCAGUGCCAGCUGUGUAUCAUUGGUGGACAACAGUGAUAAUUUAUAUGUCGCUGCUACUGUCCUCAAUGAUUCACCGUAUGGAGAAUCACUUCCAUUAGUGUCAACCCGUGAGCCACCUAAUUACGAUGUUGUUGGGGCCGGGUCAUUGGAGGGUGAAGCAGCAGUUCACAUCCGAGCUGAGUACCACUCUCGUUUUCGUGUUCACUUCGUUGCAGCGUUUUUCCACGAGCACUAUGUUUACUAUCUAAGUGUGCAAAAUAAAUACUUGUCAAAUGGAAGUCCACCAUUUACUGUUUCCAAAUUAAUAAGAAUUUGUCGCGAAGAACACAGGUACAUAUCGUACGGCGAAAUUGAAAUUCAAUGUCGUGGAAUUGACAACAGCAACUACAAUCGUGCAACUGCUGCUUCACUUAUUAAUAAUACACUGAUCGUUGCAUUCACUGAUGAAAAUAUCAAGCACUCAGCGAUUUGCAUCUACAAAAUGCAAAAAAUCAAAUUAACAUUUUGGUACAACAUAGAUAGAUGUCGUAUAGGCACAGAUACCGUUGGAUUACCUCACAUUGGGCGCGACAAUAGGUGUAUUAAUAAAUCACAUCUGCCAUUGUCAGAGAAUACAUGUGCUAUGGGUGUUGGCGGAAACAUUGAAUGUGGACAAAUCGCCAUCUAUGAAGUAGAUAUGUUUAUUAAAUCCAUGGAUGUUCUUCCCUUCUUUGAUAACUUAAUUAUUAUUAUUGGAACAGGAAAUGCUUUCAUUAUACAGCUAAGGGGAAAACGAUUAUUAUUUGCAAAAUACGAACAAUUCAAAAUAGAUGCAUCGAUAACCGCAGUAACAUUUGUCGAUGAUCGCUAUUAUUUGGUUAUCGCAGGAUCAAAAAUCCUGAAAUAUUUAAUAAGUGAUUGUGAGACGUUUAAAACAUGUUCUGAAUGCAUCACUGAACAUUAUCUCUGUGGUUGGUGCUUCCUUCGAGGUGUCUGUACUGAGCGGGUCAGUUGCACGUCGACAAUAAUCACAGAUAUUUGUCCAAUAUUUGACACCCCAGUUCCAUACACUUUAUCCAGCUCACUAAAGAAUGUUUCUGUGCUGUUUCCAAUGCGUGGCAUCCAACUGAACACACAAAAUAGGUACACUUGCACAUUUGAAAAUGUAAUAGCAAAGGGACAAUGGACAGGUACAGGUGUAAUGUGCCAUGUACCAUCUUUUCGUACUACGGUACCAAUAGAAGAAUUUCGAAAAAUGAAUAUUUCCAUUUACUAUAAUGGAUUCAAAAACCCAAUUGUCACUCAAGAACUUCAAAUGUUCAAUUGCGCCUAUCAUAAUUUUUGCAUGUCGUGCAUGUCAUCAUCGUGGAAUUGUCAGUGGUGUGACAUGGAAAAUAUGUGCCUCGCAUUUCAUGAGAAAUGCCGAGGUGGUACAAAAUCCUGUCCACAGAUAGAUCCUAUAGUGCGAAAUAAAAUGACCGUAGCAGUGGACAGUGACCAGAUGAUUACAAUGCAAAUGUUACACAUUAAUGAUGAAGAGGAACCGCAUUUAACCUGUUGUUUCCGCUACGAAAGUAACACAGUUAUGCGGAAUGCUUCACUUAAAAAAUCCAAAUUCUCCUGUGGUCCAUGGAAUUAUACGAAAAUAUUGAACGGAAAUACUUCGCAAAUGAGUUUACAGCUCGAAGUGCUUAAAAAUGGAACCGUCGUUGACAAGUCAUCGGUGAUCAUAUAUGACUGUAGCCGUAUGGCUGCAGACUGUUCAACAUGUCUUUCAUUGGACCCAAGCUGGAAAUGUGCAUGGUGCGAUAGUGCCUGCAAAUUUAACAUCCACUGUCAACAAUCGGCCAUUAUGCAAUCGCCAGAUCUGAUUUGUGGACAACCAGUUAUCGACACUUUUGAGCCACAAUCGGGGCCAGUUGAAGGUGGUACCAGGAUCGAGAUUCGUGGUCGAGAUUUAGGAUCAUCAUUGAGCGAAAUUAAGGGUCGCAUUUUUGUCGGAAGUUCCAGAUGUGAAGUUAUCGAAUUUAAAAUAGCUUCCAGGAUUUUAUGUGAAGUGAGUGCUGGAAUUGGUUCCGGUCCGGUUCAUUUACGUCUUGGACAAACCGGUCGACGCUUUGCUGAUUCUACCAUGGUCUAUCAAUUCGUUGAUCCACAACCACUCUCACUCUAUCCUUCAUUUGGACCUUUGUCAGGUGGCACCAAAUUGACCAUCUACGGCAGCAACUUGGACACCGGAAGCAAUACUUCAAUUCGCAUAGGAAUUUAUCCUUGCGAAGUGUUGCAAAAAAGUUUAUUACCUUCGUCAAUAACAUGCUUAACAAGUCAAAGUGAUAAAGCAGGCGUUUUUCGAACAAUCUGGAUUACUAUUGAUCGAAGUACCAAAAUUCUCCAUGGAAUAUUUGAAUAUCGGAAUGAUCCAAUCAUCAAAAGAAUCCAUCCCGAAGAAACAUUCCAAAGUGGUGGUAGAGUGAUUGAAGUUUUGGGAGAAAAUUUGAAUUCGGUAUUGAAUGCCAAAAUGUUUAUUAAAAGCACGAAUUUGGAAGAAAAAGCGAUAUCAGAGUUCAGUGAUUGCCAUGUGCAUAAUUCAACAUUAAUGAGAUGUAUUAGUCCACGGGUAUUCUUACCAACUAACACAUCCCCUUCAAUGUUAAUACGUUGGCCAGUAGCAUUUGCAAUGGAUGGUGUACAAUCUGUUCGAGAUUUUGGUGGACGAAUGCAAUUAUUUGUUGUAUCCGACCCGCAAUUUCUUCUAUUCAAAAAUGUUCGCAUUCACAGGCCUGAACAAUUAUUACUGUUGGAAGGAAAUCAAUUAUCUCUUGCAGCUACCGCUGAAGAAUAUCAGAUUUUCAUCGGUACAUCACGGUGUAUAGUUGUGUUACUCGAAGCAGAACAAUUAUUCUGCCGAGCUCCACAAAUUCAACCCGAAGCAACGGAUGAGAAAGGAAAUGUCGUCGAUGAAGGUCAUCCAUUAGUUGUUGUUAUUUUGGGUACCAUCCGAUAUGAACUUGGUUUUGUGGAAUAUGAGGUUUCAUUUCGAGUUUCAAUGAUACGUUUAAUUGCAUUGUUGUUUACAACUGCUUGUUUGUUUGUUAUCGGUUUGUUAUUCUAUGUUCUGUACAGAAGUAAAAAUCAACGGAAACGAGAAUACAAAAGAAUACAAAUGAAAAUGGAGGAACUUGAAUAUAGUGUACGUAAUGAAUGCAAACAGGCUUUUGCGGAGCUGCAAACCGGUGUGGCUGAUUUAAAAAUGACUACCGACAAUCAUCCUAUUCCAUUUCACAAUAAAACUGAAUUCUAUAUCCGAAUUCUGUUCAGAAAUUCAACUUUAUAUAGUGGAUCAAUUAUCUCAAAUAGUACACUUAUUUCCAGUUCUCUGAACUUUGACGGUGCAUUGGCCAAAUUGUCUAACUUCAAAUAUCUUCUCAAAAGUACCCAAUUCCUGUUGAAACUUGUUGAAAUGGUUGACAGUGAUACAUGCUAUACGUUAGAGAACAAAUGUGCUUUGUCAUCGCUUAUCGUUGGCUCAUUACUUGAUGACAUGCGCUAUUGUACUGAAGUUGUUUUCGCUAUAUUGAAUCAUCAUAUUUUGUUAUCUCUUAAAAAAUGCGAACCUCAUAUUAUAUUUCGUCAAAGUGGUUCUCUAGCAGAGCAAAUUUUUACCGUUUGGUUUAGUCUAUGUUUUUUGGAAUAUUUAAAAGAUGGUCCAGGCCAAUCCAUGUAUUUGUUGUAUAAAGCAUUAAAAUGUCAAAUUGAACGCGGUCCAGUCGAUGCUAUAACCGGUGAUGCACGAUAUUCAUUGAAUGAAUCAAAACUUCUUAGAAGACCACUUGAUGUUACAAGCAUGCAAUUACUCGUGAUCCCUUUUGAUAGUUUUAAGCAAUCGCCGAUUAUUUUUCGGGCAUUAAGUUGUGAUACGAUUACUCAAGUUAAAAAAAAACUAUUGGAUACUAUUUACUCCAAUGAACCAUUUUCCACUCGACUAAGCGUGGAUCAAUUUCAUUUAGAAUGGAUAUGUUCCGAGCAUUGCGCAAUCAUUCUAGCAGAUGAUGAUGGAUUAGAAGAAGGUGAAAUAAAAAAACUGAAAUGCUUGGAUGAUUACAAUAUAAAAGAAAAUGCGUUACUCGCCAUGAAGCCAAUUAGCACAAGCUCACAUCAAAAAUACUUCGAUAAAGUAUCCAAUUCGAAGAGCAAUACGCAUCCAAUUCAAUAUUAUCAUCUGGAACAACCUCUCUCAAUAGAAAAUUGCGUUGGAAAGGAUGAUGAUUCGGCAAGCACAUCUAUACCGGAAAUAUUCCUCACACGAUUACUCACAAGUAAAGGAAUGGUGCAAAAAUUUAUGGAUGAUUUCCUGGAAUCCGUAUUAUAUGCGAAGGAUUUUGAGUACCCACAACUUCUAUUAUUCGUGUUCCACACUUUCGAUGAAAUUGCUACCAGGAAUAAUUUUAUGGAUGAAAUGGCAGUUCGAUCCUGGAAAGUAAAUCUUUGGAUCUUGCGGUUUUGGGUAAACAUUCUAUCAAAUAUUAAUUACGUAUUAGAUGUUGAACGGAUACCAGCAGUGGAUAGCUCACUAGCGGUUAUUGCUCAAACAUUGGUCGAUGCUUUCAGCAAUGCUAACUAUAAAUUUGGAAAGGAAAGUCCAUCAUCAAAACUUCUAUUCGCAAAAGACAUCAAAAAGUAUCGCAUAAAAGUAGCAGAUUUUUUCCGAAAUGUUGCCGUUUCUCCCCGAUUGUCCACUGAAGAUUUUCAUCGUUACAUCGUUCCUUCAAUAGAAAAUCUUUGCGAUGGGAGGAUACAUCGUUCAUUGCAAAAUCAUUUAUAUGAAUGGGUCAGAAGUAAUGGUAUUUGUUUGCUGAAACAACUUUCUACUGAUCAGAGCGCUGAAACACGCGGAAUAAUUGAAUGCUUGAAAUAUUUACUUUCUUAUAAUGAGACUGAUGUGAACCAUAUUUAUGCUGCUGUACAGUUUGAAUAA